AAAAAAAAAAAAAAAAAAAAAAAGAUACAUAAAAACAGCAUCCACACGAUUCCUUCUUUGGAUUUUUUUUACUCUGAGAUUGAGAGAGAUAGAGCAGAUAGAAAUCAACCCCAGAAUACCAAAAAAAUAUGAUGUUUGGUUGUGGGAAAAGCAUGGGAGGUGGAGGUGGAGGUGGAGGAAACUUGUUAAGGUCAGUAGGUCGAGCAGUGACAAGGGUUAAUGUUGCAGGUGGGGCUCUUCAAGAACCACUAUCUUCAUCUUCCUCUAAUGGUGGAACUGCUACUACCCCUACCACUACUAGAAAGACCCAUAAACCCACUUCUUCAAAUAACCUUUCUUUAUCUUCGUCUUCUUCUUCUUCUUCUUCUUCAUCAACACCUUUUGCUUCUUAUAAUAUACCUAUUAAUCCCACUUCUGGUUUAGCUACUUGUUCUUCCUUGUCCCAUUGUGAUGAUGAGUUUGAUUGGGUUUCGGUGGAUGGUGUUGAAGAUUUUGGAGAACAAGGGGUAGUUGUUGAUGAUAUUGUUCUUGGGUCUGUUCCUUCCCAAGAUGAAGUUCAAAACGUUGUCUCUGCUCUUCAACGGGUUAUCAACCUUGCUCCUUAUCCCCAGCUUGUAAGGGAUAAAUUUGCUUCUAAAUCGGGCAAUGAUGUGGGAGAUCAAGUUGUGAGUCCUACUGGUUUGGGGCACCAAGUUUCUCCGGUUGGGUCGGAGUUGGAUUGGAGGGAGCCACCUCUUCAUCUUUGUAAUUCAAAAAUGAUGCAGCCUCAUGGAUAUCGCAAUGUUUAUGAUGCUUUCCAUUUGUUGCAGACUGAGCCAUUAAUACAGAGGAUGGUUGUUUCAUUAUCAUCGGAUAAAUCUGUUUGGGAUGCGGUUCAGAAUAAUGAGGUGGUGAGAGAGCUCAGGGAGUCAUUCUAUGCAGAUCAGGAGAGUAGUUCCAAGAAUCCAGAUGAGACUCCUGAGGACUCCAACAAGGUGAAAAAUAUUAUAAAAUGGAUUUUUGACAGCACCAGAGCAAAAUUCAUGGAGGUAAUCGAAAAAAUUACCAGUAUCCUCAGUGACCUAUUUCAACAUCCGGAGGACGAAAAUACAGCAGGAACCACCAAUCUCUUCAAUGAGAAGCUGAAAACAUCAUUCAUGCUUUCCAUUAUGGUUCUACUGAUUGUGGUGGUUGGUCGAGCUCAAAAGGCUUGAAUAUUAAUUUGACGACGUGACCCAUUAUGCGUUGUAACUCACUUCAAAGUUUCCCUCCAGGAGGCACUGUUAGUUCAAGACUUAAAAGUUAUGAAUAUUAUGAACCUUUUACCUUUUUUAUGGUGAUUAAGUUAUGAAUGUUAUGAACCGUUUAGGGAAUAGAUGAUGAACAUUUUUAGUUGGCAUUGUUAUCUGCAAUAUGGAGAUGUAGUAGACAAGUUUUCCUUUAAUUUGGAGAUGUAAAAAGAGACUAAUUGUUGUUGU